AUGCCUUCCCAAACGGCAGGGAUCCCUCCCGGCAUCCAUGUCAAACCCGAGGCGUCACCAACUUCGACUAGCAUGGCAGCAGCCGUCGAUGCAAGCUGGUCUGAGCAUUCAGCACCGCCGCCACCGCAGACGCCAUCUAUAGAACCUCACGGCGGCAUACAUUGGGAUCUCGCAAACUUCUCGAUGGAUAGCUUUCUAGGAAGCGGCGGGGCUGGCGAUAUGGCGACAAGGCAACAGAUGCAGAUGGCGGGAGCGGAAAACAAUCAUCACCAUCUUCAACACAACAAUGCUGCGAACAUCAGGGUGGAUCUCGAGCCUACGAUUCUCUCCCCUACUGAAUCUCAGGCCCGUUCUUCGGCUGAGCCCGACGGUAUUCCUUCGAAGUCACGAAAGCGUAAAGGGUCGAGGACUGUGUCAUCACUAACACCAGCACAACUUGAACGAAAGAGGAGCAAUGACCGUCGGGCGCAAAGAGCCAUCAGGGAAAGGACCAAGCGACGAAUGGAAGACUAUCAAAACGUCGUGGCUCAAAAGGACGACAUGAUUAUGGCACUUUCCAGAAGAGUUCAAUGCUUAGAAGAAGAACUUGCUCGGUUAACUCACGGAGAGCCAUGCUCUGUAGCCACUCAAGUCGGAGACGUUUGCGAAAAGGCACAGGACCUUUCAAGGCGUGUAGGUCCAACCUCACGCUCCUCUUCCCUGUCAAUCAGCGUCGCGGAUAGCCAAAGCAGCACAGCGACUUCGGAUGAAACGGCAGCAUCUUCGAUAGCUUCGAGCAGGCGCGGUACCCUAGCAGUGGUGAACCCUGGCCCCAGUGGAGUAGUUGGGGCCUUUGAUAGGCUUGAUUCGGAUUACGAGCCUUCAUCUUUACUUGGAUUUCCAACCGCCGCACCAUCCAACACGACACCGUCAUGGCCUCCUCCUCCCAGUGCUCAGGCGCUACCACCAACUGUACACACAGGAGCAACCUCAACUGCCCCUGUGCCCGAAGACAAUAUUCAUGCAUACUUUCGAAACGCAGCUCUCAUAGGAUCCUCAAACGUGCAGGCCAGGUCUCAACGUGUUAUGGAGGACCCAUCGGGAGGAGAGCCUCACAACUUCCGCACUAUGUCUGUCCGGGAUGGAAACUAUGGUGGCUGGAUCUCUCAGGCCCAAGGUCCGCAACAUUCGUGCUGGCACGUUGACCGCCAGGCUGGAACAUGGCCGUCGUGUGGUGGGGAGCGAGACGCAGAAUACGGUAAGGUUUACUACUACUCUUCUUGUGUGUUUUAA